AUGUCCGCCAGCCCGCCCAUCCACUCCGGCUCAGACGCCACCCAGAUCGCAUCCACCUGCGCGUCGCUCAGCAUCACCACCACCGAGUUCGCCGAGCUGCAGAAGCGCGCCACCGCCGCAAAGGCCACGGCCUACUGCCGCUACAGCCGCUUCCGCGUCGGCGCCACGCUGCUGUGCGCGGAUGAGGCCGGCGACGUGGUCUAUGUGCCGGGUGCCAACGUCGAGAAUGCGUCGUAUCCCGUGGGCACGUGUGCCGAGCGGGUGGCCUUUGGCACGGCGGUGACGAGCGGCAUCAAGAAGUUCCGGGCCAUUGCCGUGGCGACGGAUAUUAGCCCACCGGCUAGCCCUUGCGGCAUGUGCAGGCAGUUCAUCCGCGAGUUUUGCACGCAGGAGACGCCCGUCAUCAUGUUUGACAAGAACUCGGACUAUGUGGUCCUAACGGUGGAACAACUUCUCCCAAUGUCCUUUGGACCAGACGCUCUGCCGCCUCCAGGAGCCCCUGGAUACUAA